AUGAUUUUAUCUUAAACCCAAAAAGGUAGCCUUACUAUUCUGGGAGGAUUUCUUACUCAUCUUGUAUGCGGAGCCAUUUUCAAUUGGGGCACCUUAAACAUAUACAUGACUUCUUACUUUCGUACUUAAGGAGACUAAGAUUUGUAAAUAAGUACAGGAGUUGCUAUAUAUCCUAUUAUGAUGAUAUUUGUAGCAACCGGGAUGCCUUUAGGGAUUUAAGGUAUAAGAUUAUUUGGCUCUGCUAGGAAAUAUUUAUAUUUCGCGUCUUUAUUAACUAUGUUUUUUUAAUUUAUUUCAAGUUAUACAACUCAUUUUUGGCAAUAUGUAUUGGCUUAUGGUGUUGGCUUUGGCGUUAGUACUGGUAGUAUUUAUUUUGUUCCAUUAUAUAUGGGAUAUUUAUAUUUUCCGAAAAGAAAGGGAAUGGUAGCAGGCAUUAUUUUGUGUGGAUAUGGACUUUCAGCUUUAAUUUUUGGAUUUAUAUUUUUCUAGCUUGUUAAUCCGAAUAAUAAAGACCCAGAAAAAGAUAGUAUAGAUGGAUAAUUUUAUUUUUAAGGAAAAUCUGUAGAUGUAGCAUUAAACGUACCUUCUUCAAUUAGAUAUUGUUGUAUAAUAUAAGUUUUUUUGCUUCUUUUAGGAUCAUCUUUAGUAUGUUAUCAUCCUGAGUAAAUAGGAGAAUAAGAAAAAAGAGUCUAUAUUAUGCCAAAUAGCUUUAUAAAAACUUAAAAAAUUAAAAAAAAUUUUUAACCGGCUCCUAAUGUUAAAACAGCAUUGUGUUCGAAACAUUUUUUCUAUUUAAUCCUUAUCGGAGUAUUAGGUACAGGUUUUGGGAUUUUAGUUAACUCUAAUUAUAAAACAAUUGGAAAAAAAGUUAUUGUGGACGAUAAAUUUAUGACUAUGGUUGGUUCUUUUUCUAGUUUAGCAAAUGGAUUAUCAAGGCUCUUUUGGAGUAGUUUAAUAGAUAAAUAUUCUUUUAAAUAACUCAUUACAUCUAUAUUUAUACUUUAAAUUUUUCUAGCAUUAACUAUGUAAUUAUCGUUUUAUCAUAAGAUUUAUUACCUUUUUUAAGUUUAUUUAAUAGUUUCGAAUAUGGGAGGGACUUUAACACUAUAUCCGCCUUUUUCUGCUUAAAUUUUUGGUGUUUAGGUCGGGUCAAAGAUUUUUGGACUUUAUUGGUACGGGUUUGGGUUUGCAAAUUUUGUUUAGUUUUUAAUUGUUAGAGAGUUUGAGAAAAAAAUUGGUUUUAUUAAUAUUUUCUAUAUUUACGCAGGUAUUACUUUUUUGGCUUUAGUGGUUUUAUUUAUUGCUGAUUUUAAACCGGAUUGGAGCAAGUAUUAUAAGGAAAAUAAUUAAAAUGUGAAAAAAUAAUAACAAAAUAUGAGAAUUUAAAAAAAUUGA